AUGGUGAGUGGGGCUACACGUGGCUGUAUCGAGAUCAGGACUCAUCAGAAGGCUAGAGUUGGAUUCGAGCUUACAGAAGAUUUGCGACAACUGUCAAAAUGCGCAAAGGUCCGCGAUAAGGCUAAUCCGACCCUUGCGUCGACUGAUCGACGGGACGAUACGGAUGAACAGAUCAAAUGGAGAAUACCGAAAACUGGUUCAUCUUCUAGUCCUGAUAUAAAUGCUGCAAUUAGCGGUUCUUCUUAUACCGACAUCUGGAACAUCUUCAUAAUCGCCACUAAAAUGCCACGCGGUGUUCAGAAUCAUGCACCACCCUCCCUACCCCAGUAUUAUCGCCGAAUAAUACCAGCACGGAUGGAGUUGAUCCAGGAUCGAAUUACGAUACCUGAUGGAAUGCAUGAAUGCCACCUCGACGCGCACAUUCGUUCCGCUUCGUCUCAGAUGAACGGGUACAUUUUAUUCUAUGCAUUUCAAUCUCGUAUAAUCAGAAGGACCUGCACGACAUCUGGUCGACUGACGCGCCUGAUCGCCGCAUAUUGGAAGCUUCUUACCCCCGCGGAACAACAACUUUGGAAGGCACUCUCGCCGACUGAAAGAAUACCAUCGAAGAUGUUCUCCUGUACGGUCGAUUCUACGACAUCUUCAAGAAGAAUUUCUAUACCUGCGGAGGCCGAGGAGACCUUGAUAUCAGGUAUGACUUCCUCUCCUCACGUCUCGAAGUUCAUGCCUCAUUUGACGUCAAGGGAAAUCAACAAAUCGCUCGCAUCCAUGACCCCUGGAAG